GUGUGAGAAAUAUUGUGCACAAAAUGUGGGUGUCCAAAUUAAGAAACUUUUUUUAUUUUGCAGUUAAGGAUUGAAAUCUUAAACCAAUAAGCAUCUUCAGACACAUUGGCCUUCCUUGGUGAUGCUUUCUAGCUUUUCACUGCAGCCACAUUUUAUGCUCACUUGUAGUAGAAUCUCUUUGCAGGUGCAACUAGACCAGCCCUCAGUAGAUGGCAGAACCACGCCCAGACCUCUAACUCCACAACUGAGCAGGGAACCUUAGACCGAUCUUCAGUGCCAAGUUUGAUUAUCCUGACUUCAGCACUUGCGGAGAUAUCUGAACGGACAUACACACAUACAUACUUACCCAGCCAGCCAGAUACCGAAGCGAAUGCAGUAACCCCGCUGACGUACACGUCAGGCGUCUUUAAUGAAGCUCACUCUAGCUGAGAUGAAGUGGCACAACCCACUAAGGAUAUUUCACCUUUUCACCCUAAAAUACUCUUUAGUUACUUGACUGUAUAUUUAAGAUUGGGGUCCUGUUUUGAUUCACAUAGAGUGCCUUUGCAUGUUUCUGCAUGCACCUUAUCACCUCUGUCAGCAGGGAAACCAUUAAUAAAUGCCAGUGUACUGGUUGCUCUGGCAGCCAUAACUGUACCGCCAGUGUGUUUUGACAAGUGAGGUGUUAUGUUAUGGAUCAUGAGAUGCUUUCACUUUCCUCUUUCCAUCCUUAUGGUCUUUUCUAUACAGUAUUUAUAGGGUUUACAUCUUCCAGUGCCUCUGAGGUUGUAGUCAUCAAGUACAGAUACAUUUAUCUCCACGGCGAAAAGUGUUCCUGAAUCCACCAGACUUGUGGUAUAGUUUUUCUCAUUGACUGUAUACAUAGAUGAACAAAUCCAAUGUGUCAUCACCCAUAUGUUUGUUGAAGAGCAGUUUUAAAGCUCAGUGUGGAGGCUCUGACCAUUGUUGUCUUGACAGCACCUGGCUAAAUCUAAUCCCACGACUUGGCGACUUGCCAACCAAAAAUUAGUCCCACCCUCAUGCAAAGCCUGAUUUAUUGUCUAUUUUGCAAUAAAUGAGAUCAUAAUUUGUAUUAAUUUAGAGUGGAGUAAUGAAAGAAGGCUUGAAACUAGUGACUGAGACCUUAAACUCUUUAAGAAAAUCAGAUGAGAAAUAAAGUCAUUUUCUAACUGACUUCCAUACAAUCAGACUGCUUUUUGCCAACAGAGUAGUCACCCCUGCUGGUCAUUAGGCAGAAUGCAGGUUUAAGUCACUUCCACAUUAGCUGGACCUUUCAAACCUGGAGCCUACAUUUAUCUUUUAUAUUCUACAAUCUUUUAGCUUGACUGGGUGCUUUACAAUGAUCCCCGUCUUUGUGCUAAACCAAGCCAAUCACUUCUUGCUUUUAGGUACAUAUUUAACACAGAAACAGAACUGGUAUCAGUGUUUUCAUCAAGAAAAUGAAGAAGCUUGGUGGGUUCUACUGACAGUGUUUUAAAACGCAGCUACAGAAAAGUUAAUCAGAGUAGAGUUCUUGUAAAUAUCGGUAACUGCUGGUGAGAAAAUAAAUAAUGCUACAUUAACCAUUCUACAGUAUCAGUGCAGUUCAGCUAAAAACCUGUGCUGUGUCCUUCUCACUCCCCCUGUGUGAUUUUACCCCAGUAAGCUGAAUGGUUUGGCCUACAUUCCUACUUUUCAGACCUCUUUUUUCUAAAGGUUAUCUGAGGUUGUACGUGGUUUGCAUCAUAAAGGCUAACCUGCUUACAAUAUAGAGGAAUUCAGCUAAAUGCCCUGAAAAAACACAGCAAACAUAGUUCAAAAACGUGUUCCGACAAUACUCCAAUUGCUGUGAAAUUUAUGGGUUGUUUAUUUUGCGUAAUUAUCGGUGAUUGUGGAGGAAAGCAUGUCAGUGGUGGGAAUGAUUAGUGGAGGGGUUUUGGGAAACUUUUCCUAAAAAGAAUGGUCCAUUGUUGGAUUGUCUGCUUUGGCCCUGUAUGGUAAGCAAACUGUUCCCUGUCUUCUAGAGAUAGAUGGCUUUUCUGACCUGUGUGUGUAUGUGAAUGUCCAUGUGGUAACUCUGUUUAAACAGGCUAGCACCAGUGAGAUCUUUGUCUCUCUGCAGACCACUGCUGUUAAUUCGACAGCCACUGGGCAACCUUCCCAGAUGCUCCCUCGUCGAUAUUCUGCCGCCGUCUGUGACAAGGUUUACUGAACGGAGGAGACAAAGAUCGGCGCAAAGAGGAAGACUAACAGACUGGUGACGGUAAAAGGUACAAGUGAAGUCAUCACAAGUGUGAUGCAUGUGGUGAGAACUUCCUGCCUUGGCUGUCCUCCUGUGACACAAUCGCUCCUUCCUUAAGUGGCACCAUGCUGUUUGGCAAGCAGGUAUUAUGUCUGAAAACAAGUCAAGCGGCUGAGUGUGUGGGAUGAGAGCGCAAAGAAAGCAGCAAAGGGGAAACAACAACCAUGCUGGCGAAUUACCAGCUGGUCUACAUUGGCCUGGAGCUGGUGAUUGCCUGCCUGGCCGUGGCUGGGAACGUCCUGGUCUGCUGGUCCGUCUGCAUCAACUCCAACCUGCAGAGCAUCACCAACUUCUUUGUGGUGUCGCUGGCGGUCGCUGAUAUCGCCGUGGGGCUGCUGGCAAUCCCCUUUGCUAUCUCUAUCAGCACUGGUUUCUGUGCCUACUUCUACGGCUGCCUGUUCAUCGCUUGCUUCGUCCUCGUGCUCACUCAGAGCUCCAUCUUCAGUCUGCUGGCCAUCGCUGUGGACCGCUACAUCGCUAUCAAGAACCCACUCAGGUACAGCAGUCUGGUGACAGGGCAGAGGGCGAAGGGCAUCAUCGCACUGUGCUGGGUUCUCUCAGUGGGCAUCGGCCUGACACCCAUGUUCGGCUGGCACACAAGUUUGAACUCCACCAUCACCGUCAGCAGAAACAGCUGCCCUGAAGGAAUGACCCAGUGCUUGUUUGAGGGAGUGGUUUCCAUGGACUACAUGGUCUAUUUCAACUUCUUUGGCUGCGUGUUGGUCCCUCUGUUGAUCAUGCUGGUCAUCUACGUCAACAUCUUCUUGGCAGCACGGCGGCAGCUCCGACUAAUGAGCCUGAAAGUUGCACAAAUGCCUGCCACCGGACAGAAAACAAUAUUCUCGAGCUCAUCUCCUUCAAUCCUGCAGAAGGAAGUCCAUGCUGCGAAAUCGCUGGCUAUCAUUGUGGGUUUUUUCGCCGUGUGCUGGCUUCCUCUGCAUAUCAUCAACUGUUACAACCACCUCUGUCGGGGCUGCAAGCGGCCGGACAUCUGGGUGAUGAACAUCGCCAUCAUCCUCUCCCACGCUAACUCUGUGGUUAAUCCCUUCAUCUAUGCCUACCGCAUUCGGGAGUUCAGACUGACCUUCCGGAGGAUUCUGUACCAGCACAUCCUGGGGAAGAGGGAUGGCUGUGGGUUUGGGAAUGCCGCUGGAAGAGGGACCGACAGUAUCAUGCGGACGUCUUCCCGUAUGAGUAAAGACCGUUCAUUGAGCGGCACAUUGGUCAAUAGCUAUGUCCUGGACCACAGUAUUAACCAGACGAGACCAAAGGAUGCUCAUGAAUCCUCUUCCCAGUGGACAUCAAUUUUAGAUACUACACAAAGCAGCUACAUGCCCAAUGGACACGCAGCAUGCAACAUGGCGGCUUCAUAUCUCGGAGGAACAACAGAUCUUUUAGAGGUGAACGACAGGGGAACCAGCAUUGCUUUUGUAAAUGUUCAGGCUCUUAAACAGACGGACUGUGCCCACUGCCCGAAACUUACAGAAAUCUCAUGACAAAGAUACGAUGUCUGUAUUUAAAAUAUUUUUCUGUUGCUACAACACAUAUGCCAUUGUACAAACACGGAAAAGGAUUAAUGAAGUCCCAGCAGAUCAAUGCCAGCAGCUAAUCUGUUUAUCUGAGCUCACAUAAACCAGUUUUCAGAUGAUAGUUUUGCUGUCAUAAACCAUCUCUGAAAGCACAAACGCAACACACGUGGUAAAAACCAGGUGGAUGUUCAAUAUCAGCUCAUAUUUCUUGACCUGCUGUAAAAUUCCAUCUGCUGAAGUGUUUUCUUCAUCCAAGAUGAAUGUUCUUUUAUAAAUUGCCUGUGUUAAAAAUGUAUUUGUAAAUAUAAAUUUAUAAUGUACUGUAUUUUGAAUUGUGUUUUUAUAAUGUUUCCUAUAUUGUUUUUACCCACUGGAGGAAAACAUUGGCAUCGAUUGUCAUCAUCACUUACGUAAAGGUUUAUUUAAAAGACCAUUUCUCAAAGUGUGUGAAAGCCGCAACACAUCAGAUGUUGCCGGCUUGAUUGGUGAUUUGAUAACUGCCAGGCAACGUGUUGAUUGCUGGUUCAACAUCUAAGUGGCAUAUGAAUCAACGGUACGGGUCAGUUACCAGCCGUCCAAAACAAAGAGCUUGUUUUAUCUAUUCAAAUAUCACUCCAUAUGCCUGUAAUGCAGCUACCUUCAAAGUCAGACUUGCGCACAUAAACAGUAUGAAAAGCACACACACGUAAAGUGCACACAUGACCACAGACUGCUCAGAAAGAGGUGUUUACAGAGUAGCCCGUCUGCUGACGCCAGUCAAUGGUCCUAAUGCAAUGGAAAUCAAAUGAAGGCUCAUUUGAUGGUGUCUUUUAUUAUCCCAUUAUGCUUUCUCUUUCCUCAUUAAAAAGCCCUUCCACUGUGGGAAAGACCUGCAUUAGGCAACUUUUAUGUGCCUUAAAGCACUCCCAGAGACAUUUCCCCAGGAAUAGACAUACAUGGGCAUGUGUCAAAAGUCGUACUGUAUGUUUAUUCAAAAAGUAUGCAUAGUGGUUGUUUAUCACACUUGCUGGUCAUGUACAGGGAUAUAAAAAUAGAUUACACAAUUUCAUUUAAUGGGCUGCACAGUGGAGUAGUGGUUAGCGCUUUUGCCUUGCAGCAAGAAGAUCCCCGGCCUGGGCCUGGGAUCUUUCUGCAUGGAGUUUACAUGUUCUCCCUGUGCAUGCGUGGGUUUUCUCCGGGUACUCCGGCUUCCUCCCACAGUCCAAAAAUAUGCUGAGGUUAAUUGUUAACUCUAAAUCUCUAAAUUGCCCGUAGGUGUGAAUGUAUGUGUGAUUGUCUGUCUGUAUAUGUAGCCCUGUGACAGACUGGUGACCUGUCCAGGGUGUCCCCUGCCUUCACCCGAGUCAGCUGGGAUAGACUCCAGCACCCCCCGCGACCCUAGUGAGGAUAAAGCGGUGUAUAGAGAAUGGAUGGAUGGAAUUUCAUUUAAUGUUGGACUUGUGUGUCUCUUUGUGUGUGGUUGUGCUGUUUUGAUAAGCAUGACAUAACAGCUAUGAAGAUGAUGUGGUUGUGGGUGAUUCAAACCUGAUUUGUUUAAAGAAAAAUAAAACUAAAAUGUUUGCAUGAUGUGCUGAAGGAAAGCAAUCCAGCGUGUUUAUAGCAUAUCAUAUAGCCAUAAACUACCACAAGGAAGAGUAACACUGGCAUGCAAAUGUUUUGUGUACCCUUUAGGAAAGAAAAAAUAACAGUAGUUCAAUAAUAAUAGUAAGUGUCCUAGAGGGAACAGAAAUGUUUGCCAUGGGAUUGUGGGAUGCCUUUACAUUAUAAACAGAUAACCUAAACCUUUGACCCCCACAGUGAGAGGAUCUGGUGGCUCUAUUAAGCUGUGGUGGGUAUUUUGCUAGCAUGGUUUGCUCCAUUUGACCCCUUAGAGGGAAGGGUCACUUAAAUCAAUACAAAGCUGUUGUAAGAUGAAGCAUUUCCAUCCUGAUAGGAGUGAUCUCUUCCAGGAUAAUGACUUCAUGUCCAUUCAUAGAGCCUGAACUUUGAUGAAGAUGUUGUGAAUCACAUACUUCAGCCUUCUUAGUCCUCAGUUGAAUUUUAUCCCAAAUGAUGGUUCUUUGUAGAUUGCCUGUAUUAAAAAUGUGGUUGUUGAUAUGAAUAUGUAAUGUUUGUGGUCAUCAGUUGUUUUGUUUUUACCCACUGGAGAGUUAAAAGUUCCUUUUCUGCUCAAAACUGAAUGAACAAGUUAUUAAAAGUUUCUUUUAACCCAACUGUA